CGCGGGAAAAUUCAGUUUCUCAGCGAGCUUUCAGCCAUGGCGGACUCCGGAAUAGUCGAGAAGGUGGAAAGAGGCGGAGCAUCCAAAGCUAAAGAGAAACUGACGGUGGAGGAGUACCUGAACUUCAUUGACAGCAACAAGCAGCUCGACCUAAUCGUCGCUCAUCUCAGAGAGAUUGUUGACAUGCAUGGAUUCCAACCAUUGCAGAAAACUUCCAAGAACAUCGUGUUAGAGGCCGUGGAUUCACUGGAGCUCAUAGGGCUUGGGCGGUCAACCCUGGAAGAACAGGGCGUUUCAUCUCAUGUGGAUUUGACAGUGAAAGAGGUGAUGGAGGACCUUGCUGCUCUCAAAUGGCAGGAGUGCUGCGUCACUUCUCUCCAGACCUUCAACGGAGGCAACCGCGUAUCCACCCAGAUCCAGUUCAAGAGAUAUGAAGUUCAGGAUCCAGAUCUGGCCAUCUCGACAAACGGGACGGAGAAGAAGAAACAGAAGGCCAGUCCCGCCCUGCCGGCGGGAAGUGACGGCGAUGCAGAGAAAUCGGUCGGUUCGUGCUUAUCGGCGAUCACCGGCGGCGCAGGGAAAUCCGGGAAGAAGCCUGAUGGGAAGAAGAGAAAGAGAAUGUUGAAGGAUAUACUUCAAAGCUCCGCCCACACAUUUCAGGAGCAGUGAUGAUACUGCAGAUAAUUCUUCAACUGUUAACACAACGGCGAAGGCGGUCAGUUCAAUUCCAUUCUCAAACUUCUAAUCAAGCUAAAGCUUAAUC